AUGUCUAAACUCUGUAGUCGUACUGAAGCUGAAGUGAAUCCUAAAGCGUACCCUUUAGCCGAUGCCACCCUGACCAAAACCAUUCUGGAUAUUGUGCAGCAGGCAUCCAACUACAAACAGCUCCGUAAAGGAGCGAACGAGGCCACUAAGACGCUGAAUCGUGGAAUCUCGGAGUUUAUCGUGAUGGCGGCCGACGCUGAACCCCUGGAGAUCAUUCUUCACCUCCCGCUGCUGUGUGAGGACAAAAACGUGCCGUACGUCUUCGUCAGGUCCAAGCAGGCGCUGGGACGAGCGUGUGGGGUGUCCAGACCGGUUAUCGCCACGUCGGUCACCAUAAAGGAAGGAUCGCAGCUCAAACCUCAGAUUCAGUCUAUUCAGACAGCCAUCGAGAGACUCCUGGUUUAAACCCGCCGCGACUCGGGCGCGUGCUCAUGUUUUACUUUGUGUUUUAGGUUCUUUGUACAGUCAGUCAUUGUUUCUUUUUUAAACUGUGAGUGGAUUUAGGAUGUAAUACUGAGAACGUGAUUCUGAUUUGUCACAA